AUGGCAUCACGAGUCGAACGCGACAAUUCAGGUCUUUUGGUGACAACCGCGUCCCGAAAUGCUCUUUCAAGUCGUCCUCGGCGCCCCUGUGACGCGUGUCGAAAACGGAAGAGUCGAUGCGAGCUUCAUGAGGGAGAACCAGAAUGUGUAUUGUGCCAAUUCCAUCAUCAGCCUUGCACUUUUUUAGAAGAUCCGCAGCCGCGAAAAAAGCGAAGAGUUAGCAAGAGUCCCAUAUCGGAAAAUGGUGUCAAAUCACCAAAUGACCCUCUUUCGGGCCAUGGUCAAGAAUCGCGGUCAAUCGGAUCGCAACCUGGUCCCGUAUCAAAUGCUAUUCGCCAACAGCACCUCGUUGAGGAUUAUGCCACUUUGAAAGGACCAUCACUUCUAAAACAAACGUUGGGUUUACAGAAUCACCGUCACAGUGCCCUAGUUACCGCCUCUUCCGUUUUUGAUCCUAAGCUCUUGGAACUCGGAGGGUUUCAAAGUAUAGAGGACAUUGCCAUUGGCAGCUCCGUUCUGCGAAAAGUUGCGGAUAGAGUCGGUUUUCUGCUGACACCCGAUCAUGGGACAAGAAAUUGCGAUCAAGAGGUGGAUGAUCUUGACUCUAUUGGAACCAUCGUCUCUCCUCAUGGGCAGGCAUUAAUAAACAUAUACUUCCGAAUCGUUCACCCCAGCUUCCCUGUACUUCACAAGAAAGUCUUCCUCGAGAAAUAUUCUCGUACCCAUCGAGAGUUCUCUCCACCACUUCUCGCAGCUGUCUGCAUCCUGGCCCUGAACUGGUGGACGUAUAGCUCAGAACUCGCCCUACUUCCGAAACCAGACCUUCCUCGCCUGGAAGAGAUUGCUCUAAAAGCUAUGGGUGAUGUUGUCCACCGCCCAAAGCUAUCCAUGAUCCAGGCAGGCCUUCUUUUGCUUCAGCGACCAAAUGGGGAAUCGUGGUUACUCGUCUCAAAUCUGGUAGCAUUGGGCCAAGAGUUGGGUUUACAUUUGGACUGCUCCCAUUGGCAGAUCCCUCCGUGGGAGAAAGGCUUGCGGAAACGUUUAGCUUGGGCAUUAUAUAUGCAAGAUAAAUGGGGUUGUCUGGUCCAUGGGCGGCCAUCACAUAUUACAGACGAAGACUGGGAUGUGACUGAGUUGACUGAAGUCGACUUCCCGGAGCGGGCUGCAGACGAAGACAAUGAAGAAGGAAGUACGGAAAUGGAAAAGGGUAGGGUUUUGUUUUGGAAGAUGAUCGACCUCGCUCGAAUAUUGGCCGAUAUCCUCUCCUCCUUCUACUCACUCAAAGCCGAUGCGGAACUGCGGCGCAACCUCAAAAUUGACUGGCUACUUGAACAUGCUAAACCAAUCCAGCUUCAACUGAAAGCAUGGUUUACCACCUUACCAGAGGACCUAAAGUUGGCAAACGUUGCAAUUCGGAAGUUGUCUUCUACAGGGUACCUCCAUCUUGCCUACUACGCAACGGAAAUAGCACUUCACCGACGCCUGAUCUUUUACCUCUCGACUGAACAUGACCCGGCCCUGAUACAAAUAUGUCGAGCUGCAGCGCACACUAGGCUAGUCAACGCGCUCAGGUUUGUCAACAGUCUCCGCCCUGAGCAUCUUCAAUCAUUUUGGUAUUCAGCCUCCGCGUACAAUUUCGCUCUGAUUGCCACCUUCAUUGGUCUUUUAUGGGCAACCAGUGAGACAAAUGAAGCAGCUGCAAUCUACCGUGAAAAACUAGACGAAUACCGUUGGGACAUUACGGCUUUCAAGCAAGAGCGCGGAAAUCUUCGAGCGGGCCAUCAAUUUGGCGACGAUGAGUACCUUCGUUUUGGUCAGGGCGAUUCCGGAUAA